UACGUCACUGGGGGGAGGAACCGCCGAAGAACAAAAUGGAGGAAUAUGCUAGAGAGCCGUGUCCCUGGAGGAUUGUGGACGACUGUGGGGGUGCGUUUACCAUGGGGGCCAUUGGAGGGGGGAUAUUCCAAGCAGUAAAAGGCUUCAGAAAUGCACCUUCGGGAAUGAGUCACAGAAUGAAAGGGAGCAUGACUGCUAUCAAAACCAGAGCGCCACAGUUGGGAGGGAGCUUCGCAGUGUGGGGAGGCCUUUUCUCCAUGAUUGACUGCGGCUUGGUGAAAGUACGAGGGAAGGAGGAUCCGUGGAAUUCAAUCACCAGUGGCGCCAUGACAGGAGCCAUCCUUGCCGCCAGGAAUGGCCCAGUGGCCAUGGUGGGCUCUGCUGCCAUGGGGGGCAUCCUACUAGCCUUGAUAGAGGGCGCUGGUAUCAUGCUCUCAAGGUUUGCCUCAUCACAGUUCCCAACAGGACCUCAGUUUGCAGAGGAACCAGCCCCCGCCUCCAUGCCCUCCGCCCCCUUUGGAGACUACAGACAAUAUCAGUGAAGUGGACUGGUCUCCUCCUCCUCACCCUGCUAGACCUUCUUUUUUUAAAGAAAAUUCUUUCAGGAGUUACAAAGAUGGAAAUGAAUGACAAUGGGAGACACACACACACACACACAUAACCAUAGCAACCUCCUCCCCACCUGAUGAACUGAGACUGCCAAGUGACAUGUUUGUGUUUCCUUUCUCUGCCAUUGUUCAGCCUAAAUAUAAGCAUCUAUAAUAAUUUUUAUCACUAUAAUGUAAUGUUCUGUAAAUAAUAUUAGGGAUGCUCCGAUCCAAGUUUUAUGCCGCCGUUGCCGAUCAUCCAUGAGUAAGAUCGUCUGACACCGAUCACUUGGAUUAAUGUAUAUUUUUCAGUUUAUUUAUGAUGAGUGCUAUGGGCCAGGGUCACCAUUACACCAUUCCAAAGGACCCCGGCAUAUAGGUUUAUUAAACAACUAUAAAAUUACUAUAAUGACAAGAAUAGACUCUUGAAAAGGUUAGUACAUACCCGAUGAAUGUAAUAUCUCAUCCCUGUGGGACAAAAACAAGCUCCAAACUAAUCAUGUUGCUUGUUUGAAAAACUUAAAUGUCACAGUGUUAAAAAGCCACAUUUUCAGUCUAAAUACAAGAAGCUAGGCUGAUAAUUCUAGCUAGAUAGCUAGUUAGCUGUGGCUGUGACCAGCUAGGCAAAGUGCAAAAAAAAAAAAGAUGCUAGAGAAGUCAAACACCAUUCGGUUUGCCAAGGGAGUAACCAAACUGGCAUCGGUUGACAUAGCCUGUAUCACGCUGUCAAAUGGAACCCAUUGUGGUUUUACUAGUGUUGUUUCUUGCGGCAGUACAGGAUAAAGUAUGUUCCCUGUUUGCUCAAUACAGGUGUUUGAACCCUACAUGACACUGUACACAUGAACAUUCAUGUCAUGUUUGUGUUGGCAUGUAUUGUCAUGCAUCCGGUGCACGGCAAUGGGUUUUUGUGAUUGGCUUUUUGAAAGGCAUUUGUCAGCACAUUCUUGAUUCCAUUUUUUUUUUUUUAAUGGAAAUUGGCCGAUCCAUCGGAGCAUCCCUAAAAGCUUUGCCUCUUGUAUCUUCAUUUGCCUUAAGUAUGCUUGAGAUGUCCCCCCACAAACAUUAUCACCUAAAGUACAACUAUUCCAGAGCUAUUUGUUUUUAAGUGAUUUAUUUAUUUGUUGGAAUGUAAAGAGUUUAUUUACUUUUGAAAAGGCUGGUCCAGCAUGACCAAUAUUCGCAAAACGCGAAAACGGGAGAACUCGCACACGAGGUUGUCACAUCGGGUGUACAAUCUGUAUGACAGGUUGUACUGUAAGACCAGAAACACACGGUUUUGAAGCGCUUCAGCAGGACUGCUCAUUGGCCGAUAGAGGGCAGCCGUCUCAAAAGCAUGACUUGGUCCCUGAUCGUAUGAAAGGGACUCUACUGUCAUAUUGGCUAAAUAAAUUGUUAAAAAAUGAAAUAAACACCUAUAAGACAUUUA